GUAGUAGUAAUAGUAGAAGUAGUAGUAGCAGUAAUAGUAAUAGUAGUAGUAGAAGUAGCAGUAAUAGUAAUAGUAGUAGAAGUAGUAGUAGUAAUAGUAGAAGUAGUAGUAGCAGCAGUAGCAGUCUAGGAUUUUGUACAGCUGCUCUUUGGCCGCCGGAUGUCGCUCCUUGCACAGGACGUGGCCUCGCUCGUCUCUAUCCCUCCCAUUAAAGAGUGGACCGGAGUGACGUCACCCCGAGCGCCAGGAGGAAGCGGAGGGUUACGGCACGAGCUGUCACCGUGUAGAAGUAGUGACGAGUAGAAGGGCGCGAGUUGGUCCUGAGUUCCGCCUCCGGAAUCGCGGCGAGCCUGUUGCAUUACGCUGGAAACAACACACACACACACACACACACACACACAGAUCUGACAGCAACUUUCUGUCAGCUGCACGAGGAAUUAUAUUGUUUACUCUACACACUGUUUUGUUAUUUUUCAUUGUGCCAUGGCUGAUGUCAGCGACUCGUCCAUGUCAGAGGUGGUGAACCGAUUUGCCCGAAAAGGGGCAUUGAGGCAGAAAAACGUCCACGAAGUGAAGAACCACAAGUUCACCGCGAGGUUUUUCAAGCAGCCGACUUUCUGCAGCCACUGCACCGACUUCAUCUGGGGCUUCGGAAAACAGGGAUUCCAAUGCCAAGUGUGCUGUUUUGUGGUCCAUAAGCGCUGCCAUGAGUUCGUCACAUUCUCCUGCCCCGGAGCGGACAAAGGACCCGACACAGAUGAUCCAAGAAGCAAGCACAAAUUUAAGAUCCACACGUAUGGCAGCCCGACAUUUUGUGAUCACUGUGGCUCGCUGCUGUACGGCCUCAUCCACCAGGGCAUGAAAUGUGAUACAUGCGAUAUGAACGUCCAUAAGCAGUGUGUGCUCAAUGUGCCAAGCCUGUGUGGGAUGGACCACACGGAACGGCGGGGGCGAAUCUUUCUGAAGAUCGAUGUGAAAGGAGACGAGCUGCAUGUUACAGUGGGCGAGGCUAGGAACCUGAUCCCGAUGGACCCCACUGGAUUUUCUGAUCCGUAUGUGAAGCUCAAGCUCAUCCCCGACCCCAAAAAUGAGACCAAGCAAAAGACCAGGACUAUCCGCUCCUCACUCAACCCCACCUGGAACGAGUCCUUCACGUUUAAGCUGAAACCCACAGAUAAGGACCGCAGGCUUUCUGUGGAGAUUUGGGAUUGGGACAGAACCACCAGGAAUGACUUCAUGGGUUCUAUGUCCUUUGGCGUAUCUGAGCUUCUAAAGUGUUCAGCAUGUGGAUGGUAUAAACUGCUGAACGAGGAAGAGGGCGAGUAUUACAACGUGCCCAUCCCAGAGGAGGAUGACGGGAACGUGGAGCUCAGGCAGAAGUUUGAGGAAGCUAAGCUUGGACCUGGUAAGAAGGCUGUUACCCCUAUUGAAGACAACAGGUCCAGUUUGCCCUCCACUAAUCUAGACCAGGUCAAACUCACCGACUUUAACUUUCUGGCCGUGUUGGGAAAGGGGAGCUUCGGGAAGGUGAUGCUAGCAGAGAUGAAGACCUCAGAAGAACUGUUUGCUAUAAAGAUCCUAAAGAAAGAUGUAGUGAUCCAGGAUGAUGAUGUGGAGUGCAUCAUGGUGGAGAAGAGGGUGCUGGCACAGCAAGACAAACCCCCAUUUCUCACCCAGCUUCACUCCUGCUUCCAGACUGUGGACCGUCUGUAUUUUGUGAUGGAGUACGUGAAUGGUGGUGACCUCAUGUAUCACAUUCAGCAAGUGGGCAAAUUUAAGGAACCUCAGGCAGUGUUUUACGCAGCAGAGAUCGCUGUCGGGCUGUUCUUCUUGCACAAGAAGGGAAUAAUAUACAGAGACCUGAAGCUAGACAACGUGAUGCUGGAUGCUGAGGGACACAUUAAGAUUGCGGACUUUGGCAUGUGUAAGGAGAACAUAUACAACGGGGUAUCAACACGCACCUUCUGUGGAACACCCGACUACAUCGCCCCAGAGAUCAUCGCGUACCAGCCAUACGGUCGCUCUGUGGAUUGGUGGGCGUAUGGUGUGCUGCUGUACGAGAUGUUGGCUGGACAGCCACCGUUUGAUGGUGAAGAUGAGGACGAGCUCUUCCAAUCCAUCAUGGAGCACAACGUGUCCUACCCUAAAGCCUUGUCCAAAGAGGCUGUGUCCAUCUGCAAAGGGCUGAUGACAAAGCACCCUUCCAAGCGCCUAGGCUGCGGUUCAGAAGGUGAGCGGGACGUGCGCGAGCAUGCAUUCUUCCGCCGCAUCGACUGGGAAAGACUGGAGAACAGAGAGAUCCAGCCUCCGUUCAAGCCUAAAGUGUGCGGGAAGGGGGCUGAGAACUUCGACAAGUUCUUCACGCGCACCCAGCCACAGCUCACUCCUCCAGACCAGCUCGUCAUCGCCAACAUUGACCAGUCCGAGUUCUCUGGCUUCACCUUUAUCAACCCACAGUUCGUCAACCCGUCCCUCAUCAACAGCAUAUGAACACGGAAUAAGACAGUAACUCAACCUACACAACCCCCAGAAUGCCUCAUACUUAGUCUUUUCCCUGUCAUGUCUAAUAGAAUUUCAAUGUUAACUCCAACCAUUUUCUAUUGCUUUGCUCUCUUAUAGGAUUUUUACAAUUAUUCGGUCCAUCAUUUUAGUUAUAAGCCAGUCUAAGUGUUAAUAGUGCUUGGUUGGUGUUGUGUAGUAUGGGUGUUUUUACACUAAACUGACAACUUAAUAUAAUGAAGUCAUACGAUAUGGGGCGUGUUGGUUCAGGAUUUUUUCUCUUGACUUGAAACCCCUUAAGAGAUGCAAAAACCUGUGCUUCCUGGUGUUUUAUAGUGUAAUCCAUGCCAGUCUUCCCAAUAAGGAAGCAUGAAGUUGGGUUCUAUCAGACCUGUGCGUUAAUUAUUUUCACCACUGACAUGUCAAUUACCUUUGCCUCUGGUUGUGUUGACAAGCACAUGCUCCAAAGUGUUUAUUUUUAAUUUUUGAAGAGCUCUGAUUGCGCACAGAUUGAGCUUCAUCUUGGAAUUGGUGCGGAUAUUCAAUGUAAAAUGACCACUGAUGAUGAAAUUUAAGACUGGAUCUACCGGUUUCAAUGUGCACUAUAGCUAACCACCGGUAGAAAACAUACACUAUGUUUGUAUGACGUACAAUCCGAAAGCCGCUCUCACAUCACCAUUAAAUGAAGGCAGAUUUUUGACACAGAAGCUAAACCAGAUAUCAAUGCAUCAAGUCGUUAAAAAUACAAAAAAAAACAUAGACAAGAUGGUUAAUUAUCUUACUCACUAAGUAACAGGCGAGCUAGCUGAAUGACAUGGUAGUAGUCAUAUGAAUGAUUUUAAUAGAUGCAUCUAGUUUGCUUUUCCAUAUCAUUAUAUCUAUCCAAUAGAAUUUCAGUUCUUGAUUUCAAUGUAAGAUUUAUUGAAAUCAUUAUUCCGUGUAAGUAUUUCUAACAUGACGCUACUUAAUAUCGUUGUGGUCUGCACGUAAAAUAGCAAAACCAAAUAAUGAUCAGUUCAUAUUACGUUUAGCUUCUGACCUACGUGUAACAGUUUACCGUUCAGGCAUUUUUAAGAAGAUUUGACACAUCUUUUCUUUUCUUUUUUUUUUUUUUUUUUUUUUUUUUUUUACACAUCUCAUUAAGUCUCCCAUUCGCUUAGCACAAACUGCAAAACCUUUUGUCAUUUUUUUAUGGGGGUUUGUGGAACAUGCCAUGCAACUGAUUUUUUUUUUUCUUUCUUUCUUUUCUUUAUAAAUGAAAUCGCUGACAAAUUAAGACGGAAUGAAGUGUUUGCAUACCUGUCAUACACACGUGUUGCAUGCUCUUAAAUUCUAAUAACACCAGAGUAUUAUGUUGUUGCGAUAACAAAUUUAUAUAUAUACAUAUAUACAUAUUUCAAUUUCAGCAAGUAGUGUAAAAAUAUAUA